AUGUACAACGUCACUUUAUCGGCGAAGAUGGAAGGGCCUGAGGAGUUGAACUGCAGACUGUGCACGCAUGAGUGUUGGCCCCGUAACCAUUGUGCUGUCUCCGCAUCUGAGCAGUCGCAGCAUGUGAAAAACCUGAACGCCCGUGUCAGUGAGCUCGGACGCCCUGGUCCGCCAGGAAUCAAUGGAUCGCCAGGAUUUCCAGGAGUGAAGGGCGAGAAAGGCGAAAGAGGCAUUGAU